AUGCCAUGCAGCAGCGAGCCGCUCCGAAGGCCGACGUUGCGUUCGUUUGCGUGUGCUGCAGCGGCGACGCAGCGUGCGAGGGAGGCGGAGACGCGCUGCGAGGCGAUGCUGGCGCAGGUCGCGUCGCUGGAGGGGGCGCGCAAGGAGCUGGAGGGGACGCUCAAGGCCACCCGCAGUGCGGCGGAGGAGCAGCGGCGCGGCGCGGAGGCCGCAGCUGCGGCGAUGAAGCGCGAGGCCGAUGCGGCCGCGAAGGCCAUGGAGCGCGAGGCCGAUGCGGCCGCGAAGGCGAUGAGCGCCUUGGAUGCGGAGCUGCAGGAGGCAAAGGCGACCAACGUGAUUCUGACGGCGCAGCUGGCGACGGCGCGCGCAGUGGAAGAGGAGCUCGCUGCUACGAAGCGAGCGGCGGCGCAGACCGCGAAGCUGCACGAGCAGGCGGCGCUGAAACUCGAGGGCACGCGUGCCAGCACGGCGCGCUUGGAGGUGGUCCUGAAGACGAAGGAGGAGGAGAUCCGCGCCCUGCAGGGUGACCUGGUCAAGGCGAAGGAGCGACAGCAGGAGCUCGAGGCGGCGGCGAGGGAGCGCGCCGAUGCAGCGUCCGCCGCCCAGGAGGAAGCGCAUGCACUGCAGCUGAAGCUGCGGGCCGCAGAACGGUCGGACACCGCAGCGAAGGAGAUCGCCGAGUCCGAGGCGCAGCUCCGCGAGGAAGUGCACACUCUCAAGCUCAAGCUGCGCCUCGCGGAACGGGCCAAGGAGGAGGCGGAGGCUGUCGUUGAGCAGGCUGUGGGCCUGCACCGCCAGAGAGAGUUGUCGCUGGAGGACAACGACAAGUUGAAGGAGCGCCUCGCGGCGUCACUUGCGCGAAUCGACGACCUGCAGCUCGAGAACUCCGUGCUCUCGGACGGGCUGCGUCGCGGCCGCCCCUACGCCCUCACUGUGCGCGAAAUCGAGCGCCGGAGAGCCGCUGCGAAGGCUGCGGGGACGGAAGCGGCGCACGGUCGCGCGCCGGCUGGCGCAGGGGCGGCAGAGGCUGCGGCAGCGACGUCGCACCUCGAGUCGGACUUCGAGGAUGCGGAUCCAGCGGCGUCGAGCGGCGACGAGGCCGCCGGUGGGAAGCGCCAGCGACGGCGCAGCGGCAGGGCACGGCGCAAGAUGAGCGUCGAGGACGACCUGGAGGCACGUGUCCAGGAUCUGCUGCUCCGGCGGCGGGAGCGCCAGCUGGUCAGGAAGGAGCAGCAGGCGGACUUCAAGAUCAACCAGCCGGAGCCGGACACCCCUGUGGAGACGGAGGUGCACACUGACUCAUGCACCGACAGCGAGGACAACCUGCGUCUCGCAAUAGACCCCCCCCUGCGGCCAAGGCCCUGGCGCGCGGUCCGCUACCCCGGCAUGACGCAAGCGCUGGAGCGCGCGAACCAGCAAGCGGGCCCGCCCGACAGCGACAGCGGCAGCGACUCGGACCCCGAGCUGCUGCCGCGGGGGCGGCCCGUCCUCCCGCGCCCGACGGGCGCGCCAGUGCACCACGUGCCGCAGGUCAAGGGGCCUGACCCCGCGCUGAGAAUGCUGCCGCCGCGGCGCCGGCUGUCCGGGGGCAGGCCGUCGAGCACGUCGCAGGACACCGGGCGGGCGAGCAGCCGAUCUUAG